GGUUAUUGACAUUGACCUUGUUCGUGGUCUGUGAUGUGUUCCCACGUGGAUUAGAUAAAAAUAGAAUAGUUCUCCCCUGAUUGGAGUAUGUUUGAUUCUUACAUCAAAACAUGCAAUGCAUUAAAUCUGAUAGCCCCAUUUGUAUAGAAACACUCAAGAGAGUAACAUUUCAAAACUAUAGUCUGUGAUCAUUUACAUUGCACUGAAUCAAAAUGCUGAUUGAGGAGGAAUGUUCACAAACAGUCAAAGCAGCAUCAGCAGAAGUUUCAAAUACAUGUAGUUUCAUGGACAGUGUCAAUCAAGAAUCCAUACGGAAUAGGAAAACUGAUGUAAACAAAAAUAAAUCACCAGAGAAGGAAACAAAUAAUAAUAUUAAAAACAAAAAAGAACAUUGUGAGUCAUGCUUAAAAGAACAAAAAAUGACAUCUGAAAAUCCUACUGAGCGAAGAAGAAGUUCUCUUAUGGAAAGCAUUGAAUGGUUCAAAAGAACAUUGAGUGAACCAGAAUUUAUAAUGUAUGGAAAUAAUGAAAAAAGUAAAGGAGAGAUACAUAAACAUGCAGAUUCCCUGUUAAGCACCGCCAGUGGGUUUACAAACUACAGAGGAUUGUUGAACCUAUGUAUUUUACUGCUGGCAUUGGCAAAUACAAGACUGUUUUUGGAAAAUAUAUUAAAAUAUGGAAUUUUGAUUGAUCCAGUAAAAAUUAUACAGUUACUUGUAUCAGAACCAUACAGUUGGCCAAAUGUCAUUCUUUUACUAGUGUCCAACAUAUUUGCUCUUGUAGCAUUAUAUAACGAGAAAUUGUUGGCCAAAGGAUGGAUAUCUGAAAACACAGGCUUUGGGAUGACUGUUGUUAACCUGGUAUUAUGUCUACUAAUUCCAAGUACAGUUAUAUUGGUUUUACACCCUAAUCCAAUUUUUUCCUGUAUCACAUGUGGGAUAUACUCAAUGAUGUUCCUGAAGCUGGUGUCCUAUUUCAGUGUCAACAGAUGGUGCCGGUUACAGAGGACAGAAAAUACAAAGAUAAAAAGAAGGAAAUCUUUAAGUGUAUCAGAAUCAAUGCUCAAAUCAGAAAAUGGAAAACCAGAGACACUACUUGUCAGUUAUCCAGAUAAUCUGAAUCAUACAGAUUUAUAUUAUUUCCUGUGUGCACCAACUUUAUGUUAUGAGUUGAAUUUCCCACGGUCCUUGAGGAUAAGGAAGAGAUUUUUACUGAAGAGAGCAAUAGAAAUGAUUUUUUUGUCUCAGCUGAUAAUGGCCUUAGUGCAACAGUGGAUCAUUCCAACAGUUAACAAUUCAAUGAAACCUUUAAGUGAAUUGGAAUUCCCAAGAAUGGUGGAAAGAUUACUGAAAUUAGCAGUACCAAAUCAUAUCAUCUGGUUGAUAUUUUUCUACUGCUUCUUCCAUUCAUCGUUAAAUGUUAUAGCAGAAAUAUUAAGAUUUGGAGAUAGAGAAUUUUAUAAAGAUUGGUGGAAUGCAGAAACAGUAGACAAAUUCUGGAAAACUUGGAAUGUACCAGUUCAUCGUUGGUGUGUAAGACAUCUGUUUAAACCACUUGUAAAAAGGGGAUAUUCCAAAAUGUUUGCAUCAGUGGCUGUCUUUGCAUUAUCAGCAUUUUUUCAUGAAUUUAUAGUCAGUGUACCAUUAAGAAUGUUCCGAGUAUGGGCGUUCUCGGCAAUGUUGGGUCAGGUGCCGUUUUCAUUAUUUGUCAACAAAUAUUGUCAUCAUGAGAAGUAUGGUAACAUGGCCGUGUGGUUGUCUCUGAUACUAGGACAGCCUAUUGCUAUAUUUGCAUAUGUUCAUGACUAUUACAUAAUACAUUAUGCAGCACCUACCUAAACUACUUAGCAGCAUUCUUUUCUUAACUGUGAUACAUAAUAAGAACAAUAUAUAGACUUCAGGUUUAUACUGAAUUGAAAAAAAAUGUUUAAAAAAAUCAUUUAUAUCAUAUUGUUAUGAUCAAUUCUAUCUGAUAGAUGCCAUAAUGGUUAAUUUAGGGCCAACAAGCAUUGUAUAAACAUGAUGAGUACUUGUCCCUUCAAAUGUAUUUCAACAUUCAAGUUCAAUUUUUUUGCUGUUUUCAUCAAAUUGUUCAGUUUAAAUCAAUAUGUUUUCUGUUUUGUAUUACAUAUAUACAGUAUUAUAAUAUUUGAUUUGUCAAAAGGCAGCUAAAAGCUCCUUACUUUUCAAAAUCAUGGAUGACAGUAUCUGUAGGGAAAUUGACACUUAAAAAUCUUUAAGGACAUGUUUAUCAUGGACAUAGACACUGCUUUUAAGGAAAAAAGAUGUUCUUAUAUAGAUAAACCUAGCUUCAGAUAAGGUAUGAAAGAUGUCAUUUGAAUAGCUUUAUUAAGAUGAAAAUAUAGUAAUACUUUGUAAGAUGAUCAUUAUUUUACCAUAUAACAAUUUCAUAAUUAUUAGAAUUGAUGGUAAUGAUAUUUUUGUUCAACUGCUCCUGCUUUAUGUGAAUAACAUCAAACUCCUUGAUGUUAUAGUUUCUAUCUAAGUAAUGAACAUAUUGUCUCCAUUAAAAUAUAAGAUGCUAAAUCAAGCACAUGCAGAAUGGAAACGGUGAAUCAAAGGAGAAAUAUAAACUCUCAUAAACAAUUCAGAAGUGUUAAAAUUUUCAUAUUUAUAUUUGCCUUUAUAAGUUUAACCAAUGCAAACACAAUUACUUUUUAUUUUAUAUAGUAUAUAUGUAUAUCAGUUUGACACUUUCUUACAAUUUUUUCGGACAACUUGUCAUAUUUAGCAUUUUAAAUGUUGUUUCGUUUCACCUCAAUAAUUGUCAAUGAGUGAGGCAUAGGUAUUUUCUGGUGGCAGCAGCAUCAUAUGUUACGUGUUCUUAUUUGGUAUAUUUCAGAAGAAAAUUAUGGUACACUUCUUUGUGUACAAUACAUUCAAAAUAUCAUGCAACAUUUUAGAUGCUGCUUCCCUAGAAUGCUUCAGAGACUUUAUUUUUUAAAUUAUUUAUUUUUUAAUUACACAUGCUUUUGAUUUUUUUUAUAAUAGACCAUUGAUAUGUGGAAUUUUAUAUUUUUCAAAUCUUAAUACAUGUUUCUCAUUUGUACUGAUAUUGUAAGGCCCAAUUUUUUAGUCAUGGUCUACUAAGUUAUAAGUAUUAGUGUUUAGUAUUCAGAUUUGAAAAGCUCUUAUCAGUACAUAAAUAAGGAUGUCCAUUCCCAUAUAUAGGAGUUAUGUGGGAGUUUAUCAAAUAACUGGUUCCAAUCUUGCUGCAAACCAGGUGACAUAUCUUUCAGUCUAAUUGGUAUUUUUUGUUUGUAUAAUUUAGACUGUGUUUGCUUUGUUUUGCACUGAAGCUUAAUUAUUUGUAAUUUUCAAUGUAACCUUUGUUUAAGUUGAUAGAAAUUGAAAUUGCUUUACAAACAUUUUGUAAAUAUGCUUUAGGGAUUAAAAAUAUGAACUGUAAAUCCAUCCAAAAUAGUCUGUUUAGAAACUUGUUAUUAAUUAGAUGUGCAAGAACAUGUCUAAUUUUAUACAAAGGAUUAUUAAUAUGUGGAGUGCAGUAACAAAGCUUGUAAUUUACAAUCUAUGUAUUUCAAUGUUGAUGGCAUCAUUGCACCAUAAAUGUCUUGUUUUUUUAUAAUGUUGUUUACUCUCCAAUUAAACCCUGAAUUAAACAAUGUAGGCGGCUGACAUGUUAUACAAAUUAAUUUAUUGACCAUUGGAUUCAUUUCAAUAUAAAAUAUAAGAAUUUUUUACAUUGAUAAUGUAACUGCAAAUAGUUAGAUAUAAUUCCAUAGAAAACAUUGUUUUAUAGUUCCUACAGCAACUUUCUCAGAUCACCAGGGUCCAGCUGAAGCUCACUAAACAUUUUUCUUUGUAUACAAAAUUUACCUCAGUUUCAUUUCUUUGUGCCAUAUUUGUGUUAUUACUAUUAUUGUAUACUAUUUCAUCUCAUCUGCUUCAAAGACAGUUUCAGGUAUUGUGAUCACUUGGCAUUCAACAGUUUAUAUAUUUGUAAUAAAAUGAAUAUAAGAGAAGAAUUUCAAUGAAUUAAGAAAAAGUUUGAAAAAAUAAAUUGCAAGAAUUCGAAGGCAUAUGUAUUUUACAUCAUGUAAAUUGAUUUUGUCUAAAAACUAUUAAAAAAUAAAUUUUGGGGUGAGAUUUUGUUUGUAAUUAGUCUUUUUUUUUAGCUCACCUGACCUGAAAGGUCAAGUGAGCUUUUCUCAUCACUUUGCGUCUGUCGUCCGUCGUCCUGCGUCCGUCGUCCGUAAACUUUUACAAAAAUCUUCUCCUCUGAAACUACUGGGCCAAAUGCACCCAAACUUAAACACAAUCAUCAUUCAAGUAUCUAGUUUAAAAAAUGUGUCCGGUGACCCAGCCAACCAACCAAGAUGGCCGCCAUGGCUAAAAAUAGAACAUAGGGGUAAAAUGUAGAUUUUGGCUUAUAUCUCUGAAACCAAAGCAUUUAGAGCAAAUCUGACAUGGGGUAAAAUUGUUUAUCAGGUCAAGAUCUAUCUGCCCUGAAAUUUUCAGAUGAAUCGGACAACCCGUUGUUGGGUUGCUGCCCCUGAAUUGGUAAUUUUAAGGAAAUUUUGCCGUUUUUGGUUAUUAUCUUGAAUAUUAUUAUAGAUAGAGAUAAACUGUAAACAGCAAUAAUGUUCAGCAAAGUAAGAUCUACAAAUAAGUUAACUUGACCAAAAUGGUCAGUUGACCCCUUAAGGAGUUAUUGCCCUUUAUAGUCAAUUUUUAACCAUUUUUCGUAAAUUUUUUUAAUCUUUUACAAAAAUCUUCUCCUCUGAAACUACUUAGACAAAUUUAACCAAACUUGUCCACAAUCAUCAUUAGGGUAUCUAGUUUGAAAAAUGUGUCCGAUGACCCCGCCCGCAAACCAAGAUGGCCGACAUGGCAAAAAAAUAGUACAUAGGGUAAAAAGCAGUUUUUGGCUAAUAUCUCUGAAACCAAAGCAUUGAGAGCAAAUCUGACAAGGAUAAAAUUGUUCAUUAGGUCAAGAUCUAUCUGCCCUGAAAUUUUCAGACCAAUCAGGCAACACGUUGUUGGGUUGCUGCCCUUGAAUUGGUAAUUUUAAGAAAAUUUUGCAGCUUUUGGUUAUUAUCUUGAAUAUUAUUAUAGAUAGAGAUAAACUGUAAACAACAAUAAUGUACAGCAAAGUAAGAUCUACAAAUAAGUCAACAUGACCAAAAUUGUCAAUUGACCCCUUAAGGAGUUAUUGCCCUUUAUAGUCAAUUUUUUACAAUUUUCAUAAAUUUUGUAAAUUUUUGUAAAUUUUUGCAAAAUAUUUUCCACUGUAACUACUGGGCCAAGUUCAUUAUAGAUAGAGAUAAUAGUAAGGAGCAAGAAUGUUCAGUAAAGUAAGAUCUACAAACACAUCACCAUCACCAAAACACAAUUUUGUCAUGAAUCCAUCUGUGUCCUUUGUUUAAUAUGCACAUAGACCAAGGUGAGCGACACAGGCUCUUUAGAGCCUCUAGUUUUGUAAUUCCACAAGUUGUCUCCAGUUAAAUGAAUGCGCAAGAGUUGGUUCUUUAAAAAAGAAAAAUCAAUUAUAUAUUCAUAAAUAAAUGUGCAUAUUUUAGGACAAUCAAGCUGAAAAAGUUUACAUUUAGAUAAAAUAGAACUUCUAUUGAAAUUGCACAAGAAACCAGUCAAAUUUUUCCAUGGAUCACAAAUUUGUAUACUUUCUUAAUUUGAAAUAAUAAAAUAAAUCUGUGUUUCAGUGGUGCUUAGUCUCAAGCAAUGUCUUUGCACAAAAUAAACUUUGAACUUUAGGAAUGCAUCAUAACAUUGUCAUCAAAAUCUUCUAUUUAAUCAUGCUACAGAUUUACCAUAAAUCAAUUCAGUGUCUGACAGGUAUUGUUCCUAUUCUUUUCUUUUCAUAAUGGAUGAAUAAUAUGAAAUAAAUUUUUUAUAUCUUAAAA